AUGAAACAAGGCACAUCCAGUCAACGUAACAAUAAACCAGACAUCGUUAGUCAGCGUAACAAGAAACCAGACAUCGCCAGUCAGCGUGACACGAAACCAGACACCGCCAGUCAGCGUAACAAGAAACUAGACAUCGCCAGUCAGUGUGACAAGAAACCAGACAUCGCAAGUCAGCGUGACAAGAAACCAGACACCGCAAGUCAGCGUGAGAAGAUAUCAGACAUCGCAAGUCAGCGUGACAAGAAACCAGACCUCUUCCGUUAUCGUGACAAGAAACCAGACCCCGCCAGUCAGCGUGACAAGAAACCAGACACCGCAAGUCAGCGUGAGAAGAUAUCAGGCAUCGCAAGUCAGCGUGACAAGAAACCAGACCUCUUCCGUUAUCGUGACAAGACGUCAGACACAGCCAACACCGCUAGUCAGCGUGACAAGACACCAAACAUCGCCAGUCAGCAUGACAAGAAACCAGACACCGCCAGUCAGCAUGACAAGAAUCCGGCCAUCGCCAGUCAGCGUGACAACCAACCUGAAACCUCCAUUCAGCGUGGCAACAAACUUGACACCGCCCGUCAGCGUGACAAGACACAAGACACCAGUAUGACAACGUGCCUGGCACCAUUAGCCAGCUGA